GGUCAAAGCUGCAUCCCGAGAAAAAAAAAUGGGAAAGCGUCGAAAAUUCCAAUUCUCGAAGCAGGCGCUCGUCGGCACUCCAACACAAGCUUUUCAUUCCCCUCCAGCCCCCUCUCCAUCUCCCAAACAGCCAUGUCGACGCUAGCAUCGUCAGCAUUGAGGCAGGCCUCGCGCCUGGCUGGGAGACAGUCGGCGCCCGCGGCCUCGAGGCAGGCCGCCAGGCGGGCGUCCAAGGUCGCCACCCAGCUCCGGCCAGCGCCGGCCAGGACAUAUGUCUCGGAGACCAAGAGGGAUAGUGCCCAGGUCACCGAGGUCAAGAUCGAGACGGCCAUCCAUCUGGAUAAGAAGGAUUUCGAGAAGGCAGGGCUGGCUAUGGAGUCUGGCGAUGGCAUUACCGUUUCCCCAAUGGCAGAGAUACUCAAGGGCGCAGCUGUCAUGGAAGAAGGACAGCGCCCGAUAUAUCUCGAUAUGCAGUCGACAACACCCGUCGAUCCGCGCGUGUUGGAUGCCAUGAUGCCAUUUUUCGUCGGCGUCUACGGCAACCCACACUCGCGGACGCAUGCGUACGGCUGGGAGACAGACAAGGCUGUCGAGGACGCCCGCGAGCACAUUGCCUCGCUCAUCGGUGCAGACCCCAAGGAGAUCAUAUUCACCAGCGGUGCCACUGAGAGCAACAACAUGAGUGUCAAGGGUGUAGCCAGGUUCUUUGGCAGGUCCGGAAAGAAGAAGCACAUAAUCACCACGCAAACGGAGCACAAGUGCGUGCUCGACAGCUGUCGGCACUUGCAGGACGAGGGCUUCGAGGUCACAUACCUGCCCGUCCAGAACAGUGGCCUGGUAGACAUGAAGGAGCUUGAGGCCGCAAUCCGGCCUGAGACGGCUCUGGUCAGCAUCAUGGCAGUCAACAACGAGAUCGGCGUCAUCCAGCCAAUCGAGGAGAUUGGCAAGCUGUGCCGGGCCAACAAGGUCUUUUUCCACACAGAUGCCGCACAGGCCGUCGGCAAGAUCCCAAUGGAUGUCAACGCCAUGAACAUCGAUCUGAUGUCCAUAUCCUCGCACAAGAUUUACGGCCCCAAGGGCAUUGGCGCCUGCUACGUGCGCAGGAGGCCGAGGGUCAGGUUAGACCCUAUAAUCAGCGGUGGAGGCCAGGAGCGUGGGCUAAGGAGCGGCACACUGGCCCCGCCCCUGGUUGUGGGCUUUGGCGAGGCGUGCCGCAUUGCGAAGCGUGAAAUGGAGUACGACUCGAGGCGGAUCAAGUUCCUGUCAGACAGGCUACUCAACGGUCUGCUCUCGAUGGAGCACACCAACCAGAACGGCGACCCGAAUCACUUCUACCCCGGCUGCGUCAAUGUGUCGUUUGCCUACGUCGAGGGCGAGUCGCUGCUGAUGGCGCUCAAAGAUAUUGCUCUAUCUUCAGGAAGUGCUUGCACAUCGGCUUCGCUAGAGCCCAGCUACGUGUUGCGCGCGCUUGGAAACAGCGACGAAAGCGCACACUCGAGCAUUCGGUUCGGUAUCGGGCGCUUCACCACCGAGAGGGAGAUCGAUUACGUCCUCAAGGCAGUUCAGGAGCGCGUUUCCUUCCUCAGGGAGCUCAGCCCCCUGUGGGAGCUUGUACAGGAAGGAGUUGAUCUCAACACAAUCCAAUGGAGCCAGCACUGAUGAGCGUGAUCACGGGGGCUGCUUUGGUAUACCGUUCGUUUGUAUGGGAUGAAAGGAGCCGCGAAACCGGCGGCUUGGGCAACCUUUUCUCUUCGUGUAUAACAUUGUAAAGAAUGAUGCCGCCUCAUCGGAGAGUGCGGGAUGGACUCUGGAUUCCUGGCAAGCGAGCAAUUCGAACACGUAAAUACUUUGAACAUGAAGGAUGGCGACA